AUGCUAUUCACCGCUGAUGAACCUAGUUCUACGGUCAAUGCCGAUGAGCUGUUCGUCAAACACAGCAUUCCCGAGUUACGGGCUUAUGAGAAGAAGACUAGGUCCGAUAUCGAGAGGAAAAAACAGGAAUUAAGAUUGAUGGUCGGUGAGCGAUACCGAGAUUUGACCGAUGCAGCCGAUAGCAUUGUAAACAUGCGCCAUUGUGCCUUGGCAAUUCAAAAAGAAUUGCAUCACAUGCAAGACUCCUGCGACGUUGACGCUCUGAAGCGCACCGUCCGAACUCAAAUCAAUGAAGACAGAAAGGGAACCAAAGCCGCUCAAAUCAAGUUGCUCGUAGACGUUCCCGAACAAAUCUGGAGAUCACUCGAAAGUCACAAGUACCUCAAUGCCAGCCGCUUAUACCUCAUAGCGAAAUUGGUAUACAAGAAUCUUCAGGCUCGCAACGAAGAUUCAACGAUCAAUGUGUCGGCGACCUUUCCGGUGGUUCAACGCCAGUGGGAUGCUGUCAGUCAUUUCAAAACACAAAUUCUUCAGAAAGCGAUGCAACAUCUGAAGGUCACAGAUCAAUCGGAACAGAGUUUAGCCGAGACCCUGUGCUCCAUAAUGCUACUCGAUGAUGUGACCAUGAGAGACGUCUUUCGCAUGUGCAUCGACACGAGAACCAUGUCCCUAUUACAACUUCUUCAAACUUUCGGUAACAAUGACACUAGAUCGUUGACAAAAAAAUUCAAAGAGAUGAUAGGUAUCGUGAGGAGCACUGUUUAUCAUGUUGGAAUGAUAUUCAUGAGGGCGGGAGAAGAAAUGUCGGUGCUGGAGUCCUAUCUCCAUCAAAUACAACAAGGAUUUACGGUUCACGAGGACACGAUUAUAACAUCGCCUUCUAUGAUGUCGUCUCGUGAUCCAAAGGCUUCACUUACCCGCCUCUAUUCUCCGUCGACCAACAUACACUUGCUCAUACGUUACCUCCCCGAAUCCAUACAAACUUUUACCCCUUUCUUGCACACGUCCGGCGCCCGUGGGCAAUUUUCCCAAGAGGACAUCACUUUGAGGAUGAAUCUAUGGAUCGAACAUAUCGCCGAGGAAUUUCAAGGGAGACUCGGUGAUGUGUUGUCAGGAGUAAAUAGUGCAAGCAGAUUGAACGAACUGCGUGAGAAUAUUUGGGAGGUCCUGAAGAAUGAUGAGAAUAUCCGGGAAGACGAUCAAUCCGUGACGAAAAAACACCCCAGCAGAAUUCACCGGACCAGCUUGGGUUUCAUAUUGCAAAUACAGAAAACCGAAUGGUCUUGGAAUUAUAUUCAAGAUACCCCGCUCUCGGUCUUCAAAAGUCGCAUAAGAUGCCUUGUGUCCGCGCAAACAUCUUUUGUAGGCGAUGUAAUGUUGGCGUUCGAUAAGAACUUGAAAGAGAUCAAGGAUGACUUGGAACCCAUCUUUUCCUCGUUGAAAAAUAAUAAAACGGAUGACCCGUUUUACCGAAAAUUCUCUGACGACAAGUCAUCCGAUGCCACUAGUGAUGCGGAAGAGUUAUUCCAUUUCUUUCAAGACGCCCUGAUCAAAUAUGUCACAUUGUAUCGGAAUAAGCUACUUGAUCUGUUAGAAGAGGUGAAUGAGAAUAGCGGUGAUCAAGAUGUAAGCAAUGCCAAGCGUCUUCUCAUUGGCCGGAUCGCGCAUGCGAUCGCGAAUGAUACCGUUGAAUUGCCGAUGCUUUUGCAGGCAACAGUUGAUCGCGAGAAGCCGGAUCGAUAUAGUAGUUUCCUCUCAUCACCAGAACCACGUUUGGUCUCGUUGCGAGAGAUGCUGACUCAAAUCUAUUUCACGGCUCACGGCCCAUGGAUUCAAUAUGUCACAAAGAAUGCACAGGAUGCCAUGUCCAGUAUGCUGAAUAGUUCUCUUUGGGGUGAAGCAAAUGUGCAAACAUUGGUAUGGGAAGAGGUAGCCAUGCAACCGAUAGAAGGUGAAGCAGAAGAAAAGAUCAAUUUACCGUCACAACCGUCCGGCGCGGUAACAAAGUGUUUGUUUGGUGUUUGUCAGGAAAUCAAUCGUAUCGGUAGUCCUACAUUACAUGAGAGUGUUAUCAAAGACCUUGUCACCCAAAUAUUUGCCAAGGUCAUCGAAAUUUACAGUAAAUUUACAUCCAGCGAGGACCAACUUGCCAAUGUUUCCGAGAAAGGAGCUGUUCAGAUGCUGUAUGAUGUGAAGUUUUUGAAAAAAGUUUUCGAGCCAUGCUGGUCGCUGGGGUCGAAUCUCACUGAUGAGAAUGAAAUACGCGAGCACCAGAAAAAGGAGCAAACGAUGAAUCAAAUUAUGAAUUCUAUUCGAGACAAGAUUGACCCGAUUGAUCUAACAAUCUUCGAGCCCCACUUAAACAAGAAUGUCGAGAGACAUUAUGCUCGUAGUUCCAUCAUACUGGGAUUGAUACUUCAGUUGAAUGCAGGAGACGGAAAGGAGUUGCAUUACAAGAUUAUCACAAUACAAUGGCGAUUGCACCUCAAGCAGCCAGGUUUACCUUAUUACCCAUUCGCCAUAAGAUAG